AAGGCUCGAAAGCUUCCCAAAAAUUCAAAAAAAACCGUAGAGCUGGGUUUAGCGAGGACCAAAAACGACAAAAUUCCAACACACACCUCAAAGGUAAACCGACCACACAUUUGAAAUUUUCAUCUUAUUAUCUGACAGUUUAAGGAGUGUAACACAUUCCAGGGCAUAAAACAGGGAUUAAAAUGUCAGCAGAAGAAGGCAAACUUGCGAAUACAGUAGUGAACGGGGUUGAAUCAAAUACAAGUUCUGGAUUUAAACUAGACACUCAAAAACAUAUAGAAAAGCCCUCUUUAGCUGAGUAUAUGGAGCAACUGACGACUGAAUUUGGAGAAGAAAUGGAUACACUGAGGCAGAAAGAGAUUUUUGAUCAGAGAAAACUGCAAAUGCUGAUUGAGGGCCUUCGAGCUGGUCAUAAAAUUUACGAAUAAAUAACCAAAGCAUAACAUAAAGACUGGAAAAUAAAGUCGGCUAAGAAACUUUCUAGAAUGCCUCUUCAUCGCUAAAUUCAUGGGCAGUAAAGAAGUCAUCGUCAGACAUCUCGAUAAAUGUAAAACUUCUUUCAAUAUCUUCAACGCUUUUAGAAGAGAAUUCAUAUAAAGGUUCAGAUUUCUUAGAAGAAUCCGAAGCUUCUCCUGAAGCUUCGAAAGGUCUGGGCGCAAUUUUGGCAUCCUUCUCUUGCUUUUUUCUUGCUUUUCGAAAGUUUUGUUUGUGCUUUUUACUGUUUUCGUGAUUUUUCAGCUGCUGUAAUGAGCGGAAAUACUUGUUGCAUAUGGAACAAUUGGUGAUGUCUACUGCUUCCGUCAUAUCAGUAGACGAACUUUCAUCCUCAUCCUCAUCCUCGCUCCAAUUCAAUUCUUGAUCUACAACUGUCCAUGAAGCAAGGGAUUGUUUUUUUAAAGAAUCCUGGUAAUUACGGCGAUCAUGCUCGCUUUGUUUGCGAGAUGCAGCUUGCAAAGAUUCAUAACGUUCAGGGUCUGAGAUUUUCUUCACGUUUUGACGCCGAGGAUCUAGUUUACACAUUGUUGCAAUCAGUGCACGAACUGCUUCAUCAUACUGUCGAAUAGAGUAUUUAAUACAUUUUUGGUUUUCGUUUUUC